AUGGAGUAUCGGGCAUACUGGGCUAUGAAACAGUUAAAUAUGGACUUGAAUGCCGCCGGAGAAAAGCGUAGGCGAGUAUUCGAAGUGGGGCAGCAAGUACUACUGUAUAAUUCGAGACUCAAGUUAUUCCCAGGAAAACUACGAUCACGGUGGUCGGGUCCCUACACAGUUACAAAAGUUUUACCAUAUGGGGCUAUACAAGUGAGCAAUGAGAAUAAGGGUACCUUCACUGUCAAUGGGCAAAGGUUGAAACACUAUUGGGGCGGUGACUUCUCUAAACAAAAGUCAACCGUUCAACUCGAGACGCCAGAAUGA